GGGCAAAUCGCCGUCGUGCGACGCCGGGUUCUGGCCCUGUGGGCUGGUAUGGCCUUUAAAUCACCUGGAUAUGGGGUUCUCCUCUUCCCAAUUGCAAUUGAUUCCCUGAUUUGGGAGGUGGUUACCUUUCUCCUGCAAGCACUUUCGAUGGCGGUGGUAGUGCACUUCGAUGAUGCCGAUAUUGCGGCUGGAGCAGAUAGGGAGGAGCAUUCACUGAUUGGGCGGUUGGUGGGGCUGCCACCGGCGUUGCCUUCGGUCAAGGCAACCCUGGCCCGUGUCUGGCGGCCCGACGGUGAAUUCACCCUCUCUCCGUUGGAAAUGGGUCUGACCCACAUCCUUUUCUCAUCGAAAACGGACAUGCAGAAGGUUGAAAAGGGAUCCCCAUGGAUAUUCCCAAAGUAUUUGCUUGUGGUGCGCUCUUGGGUUCCCCCCUCACCGACAGUUGCAGCCUCGCUGCUUUGGGCAUCGCUGGAGGUCCAGAUUUGGGGUGUGCCGUUCGAGUGCUUCACCGCCAAACUUGCGCAACGGUUAGGGUCUGCACUUGGGGAGACGGCUUCCCCAACUCUUCACCGUUCAGAUGUCUCUGGUGGACUAUAUAUCCGAGCCGAACCCGUACUUGAUUUGGCGGCGCCGCUUCCAGUCGAGAUCGAGGCUGGCCACGUUAUUCCGGCGAAAGGUACUUUUAUGGCCACGAUUAAAUAUGAACGCUUGCCUGUGUUUUGCUUCCUCUGUGGAAUUAUAGGGCAUAUCGGCGCCAAUUGUGCACGCAAGGCCGAACUAGAGGGUGGCUCACCUCGCUAUGGGGGGUUCACGGUGUCGAAGGAAUCGGGACCGGAGAUUACGGAGAAUAUGCUGUCUCGGCGAAAGAAGCGGUUCACUUGGUUGAGGGCGAUGUCUCAAAAGCCUUCUUCCUCCAAGGUGGCUGGCGGGUUUAGGAUCCCACGUCCUCCAGCAGACAACAGGGUGUUGGUGGCACAGAUGGGGGAUCAGUUGGGACACUCCUGGGAGGAUACUCAGCGGCCACGUCCGGGACGGGUAGGGGAGCGGCUGCAACUGCUCUCCUUGACUGUUGAACCGGCUCCUGUGUCUGAUGUGCAUCCGGCUAAUACUGAAGUGGACGAAGGGAUGAUAGAUGCGGAUAACACCAUCCCCUCUCCCCCAGCAGCGAAGAGGGCCAAGCACGACAACAUGUCUCUGGAAUCAAAAUCAAGGGUGGAGGCAGCCAGCCCGGACUGGUCCCAUGGUGAUCCAUGAGUAUCCUAGCUUGGAAUUGUCGAGGAAUCGGCUCCUCCUUGACAAUUCCAACUCUUGGUGGAGCCACGGGUCGCUUUCGGCCUCAUAUUGUCCUCCUCAGUGAGACCAGACGCGAUGAGGAAUAUGUUAAAGGGAGAUUGGCAACAUUGGGAUUUAGUAACUGUAGGUGUCAUGUCUCUGCUAGUGGUAGGGGGGAUUUGGCUGUUGCUUGGUCCUCUAGCACCAUAUGUACAGUGCAUUAUCUUUCAGGAUUUCUUAGUGUUCUUGAAUGUACAGUUGUAGGAGCAGGGUCCUUUGUUUUAUUAUUUGUGCAUUUGUCUUGCGAUGCUUCUACUAGGCAGGAGCAACUUAAUGAAACUGCAGAGUUUGU